GACAAAGUUUCCAAAAAACAUUGUGGAAAUGAAAAUUGCUCGCUAUUUAUUACAGCUAUUUUUCAACUGUGCCUUUGAGAUUUUUCGAAUUGAUGAUGUUAUAAUUAAUCCACAAAUGAUUGAUUUAUUAUUUGAUGAAGACACAACAACAAUUAAACCUUUACAAAUCCAUUCUAAAAUGGGAGAAGUAUUUCUUGAAACUGAUCAUGCUUUAAAUUUUGCUGUGAAUCAUCUGAUUUGUAAUCAAUUUAGAGUUGUUGUUCUUGAUAGUAGAUUCUACAUCGACCCCUACACAAUUGUUCUUGAACGCAUGUUCGAAGUGGAAAAUUGUAUAGACACCUUGAUUAAAAUUUUGAAAAAUGAAGGAAAUCUAUUUUUUGCUAUUACUUAUGAUACUCUUGAUUCAAGAAUUUACAAUUCUAUUAUAAAGCAUAUUGAAACAUCACAAGAUCUUUCUAAAAUGGCGAAAUAUAUUGAAUUUGAUAUUAUGUAUGGAUCUCUUAUUUCAAGUAAAAAUACAGAAAACAUCAAAACCAAAUUUAAAGAAGAUAUUAAAACAACAAAAUUUCAACUCUUUAAUGACCACAAUCCAAAAAUUAAAUUUUCUGUAUGCAUUGAAGACAAAUAUAAGCGUAUUGAUGUGUCAUUGUAUGAAAAAAACGUAAAGUUAGUUAGAGUUGUGCCGGGAGUUAGAGUUGUGAUUAAGAGAAUUAAUUGAUAAAUUUAUUUAUAGACUUAUUGUUAGGUACCGUAUUUGCUAAAAAUAAUUACCCAGUGUAAUUAUUGUUUUAUCUCGUUUGGGGGGGGGGUGAUUAAAAGAGAGGGGGUAAUUAUUUGAGAGAAGGACAUUAUUUCAGCAUUUGCGGUAGUUUAAUUUAUUUUCAUUGUUUAUUUUAAAAAAUUUGCUUUAAUUUGACUUUUUAGAUAAACAUAAUUUUCUAAAAAAUUUUCUUUUUUUAAAAAAGUUAUAAUUUCUGUAUAUAUUUCUUAAUUGCUUUUAUUUUAAAUUUUGUUAUUAAAAAUUAAUUUUUAGAAAUGCCAAAUUCUAAAAAUUUCUAGAAACGAGCAACAACAUUUUAAAGUGAAAAGGGAAAGGGAAAGAAGCUCUAAAAGAAGUAGAAGUCGUUCUAGAUCUCCACAAGAGAGAUGAAAAUGGUUGGAGAAGGAUUCGAGAACGAAAUGAAAAAGGAGUAGUUCAAAAAGAUUGAGAUGUAUUGUUGGGGGUUUAAACAUUCUCCUCCAGUUUUUAGGCGGUGGGUCAAUUUUUUACUUUAAAAAUGAUAAGACGGGUUUGAAUUUAUUUUGAAUUUUUAAGGCGGGGGUUACCAGAAGCCCAGGCUUUUUUCGAUCCGCUGCGAAGAAAUUUUCUUUUCGUUCAACCCGUCC